CUGCUGGAGGUGCUGAUGCCAAGGCCUUUUGUGUCUUGCCAAACAAGAGAGGCACAGGGGCUGUGCUGCAGCUCCUUAUCCAUGCUGCUUUCAAGUUAUUGCCCCACAGGGAUUUGCCUGGAGCGUUUUGCUGGCAGUGCUCUUGGCUUCUCGUGUUCCCUGUCAGCAUCUCUCUGUGGGUGAGGAGCAAACAGAGCCAAAACUUUUGAUGAGGAGCGUUUGCAAAAGAGCUCAAAGCUUCCCAUGGCCCUGUCUUGGGUGGGGAUUGGAGCUGGGCCUUGAGCUGGUGACAGAUUUAUGGGAUUUUUCCCCGUACCUGGGUGGUGUUGCCAGUUUCCAGUUUCCAGUGUAACAAGAUCCCAUGAGGGUGAGUGGCUUUGGAGGUGUUCCUGUUACCUGUGGAGCCACGUGAGGGAUGAACUCAGAGCUCAGGAGCAGGCAGGGCUGCAGAGCCCAUCCCUCCAGGAGAGCGUCCUUUGCUCCAGGAAGUGCACACAGACACUGCAAGAGCUGAUUUUUCCUUUCCUUUCAACCAUCCACCCCUGGAUUUGUUUUGUGCCCACUCUCUGUGGAUCCUGCAGCUUUUGGGCAGCUCUGAUGCCACAAUUCCAAGUUUAAGGAGUUUUGUUUUCAUGGUGCCUCAGCAUUGUCAGGCAAACACCUCCAGCAUGUGCAGCGCUCUGGAGGAUCCAUCUGACAGUGCCUGAGCCUCCUGCUUUUCUUCUGGAGCUGCUGGAGGGGGAACUUGCAUCAGCACAGCCUGGUUUGGGGAGGGCUACAACUCCUGCUUGUCAUCCCUGUUCCUGUGUGCUUUCCAUUACCCUCUGAUGAACAGUGACCUCUUGUCAGCCUUGAGAUUUGCCUUCCCCUCUUCUGAUGUCUCCAGCCCUGUGUUGGGUGUUUGGCUCUGACUGAAACACUCACAGGAACUGAUGUGGUGCAACCGUGGGAUUUGUAGUUCCUCAAUCCUGCCUGGCUGAUCCAGGAGGAGGAGGAGGAAGGGGAGAGCCUCCUGUCUGUGCCACUCUUCAUCUCUUCACGUUCCUCAGGCUCCAGCUCCAGCUCUGGACCCCCAUGCUGCUGAAGGUGAGGAGGAGAAUCUCCCCCUGUGGCUGUGCCUUCUCCGUGGGAACACUUUUGAGGAACUACAGAGGGUUAAACCCACAAUUCUGAAUGCAGCCCAGGGGGAGAGUCACAUGCAGCAGGGAGAUUUUGCAAGUUGGUGCGUGCAGCUCCGGGUGGGGAGGGGGAGGCAGGGACACAGGCCUGGGUAAUCCCUGCUCCCAGGAGGCACAGGGGACACAGGGACCUCAUCCAGCACAGGCUGCCACCUCCCUGCUUGGGGGUGGCACAGUGUGGCACCUGUGCAGCGCAGAGUGGGACAGUGGCACGUAAAGGACAGGCAGCAGGAGGAGGAGGCUGAGCUGCAUUCCCACCACCAGGAGUGAGCUGGAGCAGGGCUAAAAAAUGCCUCGUGGCUCAUGGGAAGUGGGAUCCUGAGGAAGGCAGCAGUGGGAGUGAGGGUUUCACAGUCUGCUCUCCACUCAGCUGCUGUGGGACUGGUUGGUGCUUCCCAGCAAGCAGGAAGAGAAAGAAAGGCUGAAUUAGAGAGAGAAAUGCUGAAUUUCUGACCAGAAAACACAGAAUACUUCAAGGAGACACACCUCCAGCAUGGCUCAGAAAAGCCAAAUCGGUGGAAGUGAGAAAAAUGGGUCCUCCCUCCUGUACAGCAAGAGUGAUUUCAAGGAAGGAGCCCUGCAGUGGGUGACAGAACCCCCCCAGGGCCGGGUGCUGCUGGUGCUCAGCAUGGACAACACCUGCCCCACCUCCUCCUUCGACAUGGACCUUUGUGCUGACAAACUGCAGUCCCUCGGUGUCCAGGUGCCCAUGGAUCCGUGGAGAAGGCUGAUCCAGGAGGGUGUCCUGAGGCCCGAAGUCAGGCGCUACCUCUUCUACAGCUCCAGGGGCUUCCAGAUUGCCAUGGCCGUGGUAUUCUACAUCUCUCUCUGGACAAACCUUUACUCCACCCUCCAGCUGUGCUCCCUGGGCCACUCCUGGGGGGCUGGCGUGCUGGUGACACUGGUGGCCCUGGCUCUCACUGUCCUGGUGAUCCUGGUCAUUGAUGGGCACCAGAGGAAGCUAAACGUGAACACAGACGUGAGGCUGGCAGCUGUCAAUGAAAUCUUUAUCAAACACAGCAUAAUCCUGGGGAUUACAGAUGUCCUGGAUGGGCCACACAACACCCUACAACUCUGGUUUGUGCACUUCAGCCCUGAGCCCUGCCUCCAGGCCCUGGCAGCCCACAUCACUCACCUGCAGGGAACACAGGCAGGCUUGAGGCAGAGGCUGAACAAGUUCUGGGUGGUCCUGGAUGUGGCAGUUCAGCCCGAGCUGGGGGUGGAGGAGGAGGCUCCAAGUGAAGAAUCCCCUCUUUUAUCCAGCAAGGUGACCCUGAAUAAAGAUCCUGUGACCUGCAGUGAGCUCCUGCACCUCAUCCCCGAGGGCCCACCCCAGGCCAUGGCCCAGCAGCUCCUGGUGAUCUUCAGCGCCUGCUACGUCCGGCUGCUGGUCACGGGCCGCCUCCCUCGGGCCAGCCCAGGGGGACACCUGGGCCACAGCAGCGCUCCCUGCCCCUGCCAGUUCAUCCAGAGCACCGUGCUGCACACCCACCACUGCUGGGGCAGGGGCAGGUGAGCAGCGGGAGCUGCAAAACACCAAAAUGGAGCUGUCCCCAUGACGGAGCCCAACCUGGUUCGAGGCCUCCGUGUGGUGGGAAAGUCUCUCCUCCAGCCCGAGCUUCCAAAGAAAGGCUCAGCAGUCUCUGUUGUCUGGUCUCAAGGCAGUUUAUUGCAAGUUAUCUAAAAGAUUUUCUUCUGGGGCUGCUG